AUGGCCGAACUCGAUCCAGAAUCUCCCUACUAUGUGGAUCCAGAUUAUCAACCCGACGAAAAUCUCCCUAUGGUUAUACUCAACCAAGACGAAGACAACUUCUUCACCUGGAAGAAACAUUUUCUCGGUUUCCUUCGAAGCAAGAACAAAACAGGGUUCGUUGACGGUACCGUCGUGUUACCUGAGCCUUCCUCGCCGUUAUAUCAACCAUGGAAAGUGUGCAACGCGAGGGUCAAGUUAUGGAUGAUGAGUUCCUUGAGCGAAAACUUACAAGACUACGUGCGUUACGCAGACACGGCGCAUAAAGCUUGGGAUGAUCUCCGUAUGAUGUUCGUUCCAAGCGUCGAGUUGAGGAUCCGACAGCUUCGUCAGAGAAUUGAUCUGAUGAGGCAAGAUGGCGACUCGGUUGCGAGAUACUUCGGGAAACUGAAUAGUGUUUGGAUGGAGCUGUCGGAAUAUGAUACUGCGUGCGAGAUGUCGGAACGAGACAAAGAGGUGAGAGAGAAGGAGCAGCUUUACGCGUUUCUGAUGGGUUUGAACAAAGAUCUAAGCUUUUUGAGAAGGCAAAUCAUGGCCAUGAGUCCUCCUCCGUCUCUUGACCAAGCGUACGCUCUUACUAUCCAAGCAGAAUCUUUGAUGAACUCCACAAGAUGA